AUGUAUACUGAAGACGUUUGGUUUAGUUAUGAUGAUCCUUUGACAAUGGAGAAGAUCAUCGCAGGUUCUCCUGCGCUAGAAGAUCUUACGGUGAUUAGUAGAGGGCAUGAUGAAGAUUGUGAGCGAUAUUAUCCGAAGCAUCUGCGUCUGAGGUCUCAGAUUCUUAAAAGAUUUCGUCUCAUGUUUGAGAAUGGUUGGGCUGGUAGAGGUUGUUAUGUUGAGAUUGAUGCUCCGAGUCUUGAGUAUAUGAGUUUUAGAGAUGAACAAUCUGAUAAGAUUGUGGUAAAGAACUUGAGCUCCUUGGUCAUGGUCGACAUUGAUACUUCAUUUCAAGUAUAUAUUGGCGGGCCAAGUCUUGUGGCACUGGAGGAUAUAAGUCAGGUAGUGACUAUCCAUGAUUUUUUCGCCGGGAUUUCUGGUGUAAGGCAUGUGAUCAUCUCUAGGUCUACUCUUCAGGUCCUCUGCCGAUACUCCCAAUUGGGAAAGAUUCCCAAAUUCGAAUACUUGUAUCGUUUGCAGGCUAGGUUCUCUUGCAACACGUUACAAUUGUUGCCAAAGUUUCUUGAGAGCUGCAUAAAUCUAAAAGACCUCAUCGUGGACUUUGAUGCUCCUCGCGAGGUUCAAAUGGAUCCUGAAGUUAUCGAUUUGCAGGAGUUUGAUGCUGUUGGCAUGGAUCAAAUGGAAAUUGAACUUGCCUAUGUGCCUCGGUGUUUGAUAAUGACUCUGGAGUGUGUUGAGAUUAACAAACUGAAAUGGAACGAGGAGUAUGGGAUGAAACUAGUGAAUUACUUUCUUGAGAAUUCAGUUAUACUCAAGAAACUUACUGUGAGUUUCAUUGACUCUCCUGUGAGCAACCAAGAGCGAGAGAUCUACGGGGAACUUCUUAACACCAGUAAGCGUUCUCCCAGAUGUCAAGUUUCCAUUUAUUGA